CGAGUUGGUGGGGGCCUUCUUUGCUGAGUCAUAGGUGAACCGAGAUUGGAUUUGCUGGCUGCCUUUUGGCAAAGCUGCAGCAUGGAGUGUGGACUCGUUGCAACUCAGCUGAAAAUCAAGCCCGGAGAAAGCAUCGAAGUGAAGGGGAAGAUCUUGCCAGAUGCCAAAGGUUUUGUGGUGAACCUGGGGAAAGACUGCGAGAACCUGGUGCUCCAUUUCAAUCCACGCUUCGACUGUCAUGGGGACGUGAACACCAUUGUGUGCAACUCCAAGAAAGAAGGGGAAUGGGGGGAAGAACAACGAGAAAGCAGCUUCCCUUUCCAGCAAGGUGAAAAAACCGAGAUCUCCUUCUCCUUUGAUACUUCUGAGCUCAAAGUGAAACUUUCCGACGGUCAGGAGAUCUCCUUCCCCAACCGGCUGGGCCUGGACGCCAUGCCUUACCUCUCUGUGGAGGGAGACUUCAAAAUCAAAGCGCUCAAGUUUCCCUAGUCUGUGUUCCUGCAAUAUCGUUUUCUGUGUUGAAUAAACUCGCGUUUAUUCUUCAAA